GAUUGUUGGGAUCCUAAUCUUGUCUGUGUGUGUGUCAUUUGUACCUUUUAAUACAUUGCCCUAACUUGCUUGCUGUGAAGGGAGUAUGCAUCUGGAGAUCAAAGUUGCUCUGAACUUCAUCAUCUCGUACCUGUACAACAAGCUUCCGCGGAGGCGGGCAGACCUGUUUGGUGAAGAACUAGAGCGCCUGCUGAAAAAGAAAUAUGAGGGCCACUGGUACCCAGAAAAGCCGUUGAAGGGUUCUGGCUACCGCUGUGUCCACAUUGGGGAGACAGUUGACCCAGUGGUGGAGCUGGCAGCCAAGAGGAGCGGACUGGCCGUGGAGGAUGUGCGGGCCAAUGUGCCUGAAGAACUGAGCGUCUGGAUUGACCCUUUUGAGGUUUCUUACCAGAUUGGUGAGAAGGGGUCCAUCAAGGUCCUGUAUCUGGAUGACAGCGAGGGCUGCAGCGCAGCUGAGCUGGACAAAGAAAUCAAGAGCAGCUUCAACCCAGAUGCCCAGGUGUUUGUUCCCAUUGGUAGCCAGGAUAACUCCCUGUCCAACUCUCCUUCCCCAUCCUUUGGCCAGUCGCCCAGCCCUACCUUCAUCCCCCGCUCUGCCCAGCCCAUCAUCUUCACCACUGCCACCUUCGCUGCCACAAAGUUUGGCUCUACCAAGAUGAAGAAGGGCGGAGGAGCUGGGGGAGGUGGAGGGGGAGCAGGAGCUCAACAGCAGCAAAGGAUGGCCAGGUCACCCACCAACAACCUGCUGAAGCACAAGGGCCUCUCCCUCUCUAUGCAUUCUCUGAACUUCGUCGGGAGCAGCGGGAGUCAAGCAUCCCAGUCGCAGCUCUCCCCCAAUGCCAAGGAGUUUGUUUACAGUGGCGGGUCCCCUGGAGCCAGCAGCCUUUUCUUUGAUGGGGUCGCCAGUGAAAACCAAGCAUCCCAGUUCAGUGCCAGCACCAGCGGCAGCAGCAGCUUUGACAUGCCUCAGGUCUUUGGUGGCAGCACCAACAGCCUCUUCCUGGAGAAGUCGCCCUUCGUGGAAGGACUCAGCUACAACCUGAAUGCCAUGCAGUAUCCCAGCCAGUCGUUCCAGCCUGUGGUCCUGGCCAACUGAACAUGAAGAAGGAGAGUAUUUGAGAAAACAAGAAUUAAACAAAACAAAACAAAAAACAAAAAAAAAAAAGUGAAAGGAAAAAAGAAAAGAAACAUGGAAA